AUGCAUGUCGUCGCUACUGCCAGAGCUCGUUUUCCCGAGUCAGUUCCACCUUUGUUCUCUCACAUCGGGGAUAUCCUUCGCAAGUCGAAAAAGUUGCGACCAUUGUUCCGGAAUGCACAAUUCAACGACCCUCAAACUUUCCUUUGGAUUGCGGAGAAAAACUGGACGGCCGUCAACAGACAGAAUUUCCCGAGUACCAAUGUCAGCGCAACACAACGACAGAAAUGCUUCCCAAUAGCACCGAACCUGCCAAUGCCAAUACCUCCUGAAACACUUAUAGUCAGUCCCGAGCAAUGGAGCACGGUAAAAAGCCUGCAAGGCUUUCCAAAGCUUCCUUUGACGCAAACAGACUGCGUAAACGACGAAUGUAUGGACGGCAGCACACUGAUGUUCUUGGAGGAGCUCGAGGAUAUGAAAGACGACUACCGACCGGAGGAAGACCGUGAUAGUCAGAUUCAUCACGAGCUUGAUCAACUUCUAAGGAAAGGGCUUCGAUCGCUCAUCGUGGAAAGGCGCGGGCGGAGUGAUACAGGCACUCAAGGCUCAGGAGAUAGGGGUUUCCAACCACUGUCACGCAUUGUGCCUUCGGUGUUCAGCUUAGGCUACCGUGAGGCCAUGAACCAGCGAUCCCACCUGAUUCCGUCCAUCGCGAAGUCCCUAGCUUCAAUUCUGAAGACGACGAGAAAUCCGACUUUGCAAAGCAGAAUCAACGAUCUGCAAGCUUUGCAUAAUCCUCGAACAGAAGUUUCGUCGCAAGCAACAGGGUCGACCGACUUUAGAUCAGCAAUACAGACUUCGCUCUGGAAGAUUGCCCAAAGGCAACUAUAUGAUUCCCGAGCUUCGCGGAAACUGAGUGCAUCAGAUGCCCUGGCUACUUUCACCGACGAUUACAGAGGAGCUGAAGAUGAUCUUUUGUCGGAGGUAGGCAUGGAUGACUUUCACGAUGAUCUGAAUAGUGGAAAGCACGAGAUAUAUGAUUCCGAUUGUUAUUUGGGAAACGAUUCCGAUGAUCCCGGGUUCCAGCAGGAAGACGAAACGAACUCCGUUUUAUCCUUCGAUGGAAAUUAUUCAAACAAUUCAACUGAUAUGCUUGGACAUGACGAUACCGAACUUGAUCAAAUUUUGCCAGAUCAGGUAAUACUUGACCAUACCCAGAACAGAACCGCGAUAUCUGUACUCGAUCUUUCAGAGCAACUUUCGUGCCAGCUUUCCAUGAGUGAUGGCGAGAUGCUUGCAUCUGACUGCUUCGAAGAUGAGCUGACGAGCCCACAAAUUCUCCCCUAUAGUCCUAGCGUAUCGGGGACUCGUGAGGCUUCAGAUGAAGACUGUGACUUGAUGCUGUGUGACCACAUUUGGAUUCUAUAA